CAAGUCAGUGAUAUUAAACUGAUGUCAGUAGUUUAUGGAAGAAUCUAUGUUCUGUAAUAAUUUCAAAGUUUUCAAUGAAAAGUGUCAUUUAUCAUUUAAUAGGUCAGAUGAUUUCUACAUGAUGUCUCGUAUUCAUGCUUGUUCUCUGGUUCUGUGAACGAUGACGCACGCUUCGAUGUCAGCACUUUAAAAGCUGAAUUUCAGGUUCUACACUCAGAGAGUUGUUUUUUUUUUUCGUCAUCAGCAGUACAGACUUCCUUAUUAGACUCCUCCUUUCAGCUGUGUUGAUUCUUGUGAUGAAACACCAGGUCACAUUUCUCUCUCUCUGCAUGUGGGAAGAGGACUGAAGAUAAGGAUCCUCAUCGCACGCAAUAUCAUGGAGGAUUUACGGUCAAGGAGGAACCUCCAGAUCAUAUCCAAAUCCACAGUCAGAGUGUUCUUCACCCACCAGCAGUAUUAGUGUGAAGAAAAGUGUACGAGUUGAUCUUCUGGCCAUGCGUAGCAGGCUCUUGGACUUGUUCCUGGUCAACGUGUUGACGUGUGGGCUGGAGAUAUGCAUGGCCACCAGCACCAUCUACAUUCCUCCCAUGCUCCUGGAGGCCGGAGUGCAGGAACGCUUCAUGACCAUGGUGCUUGGUGUGGGCCCUGUACUGGGUUUAAUAUUCGUCCCUCCGCUCGGUUCAGCGAGCGACAGGUGGAACAGUCGUUAUGGGCGCCGGCGUCCCUUCAUCUGGGCCCUGUGUGUCGGUGUGCUGCUCGGCCUUGUGGUUAUUCCUCGUGCUUCCCAGAUCACCUCUCUGUUCUCUGAACAGCAUCAGCGUGGGUUGGAGGUUCUGCUGUUGGUGUCGUCCAUCUGCGUAUUGCAGUUCUGCAGUCAGGCCUGCUUCACCCCUCUGGAGGCGCUGGUGUCUGAUCUCUACCCUGGAGAAGAGGAGAGCCGUCAGGCUUUCUCCAUCUACUCCAUCAUGCUCAGCCUGGGAGGAUGCAUCGGGUAUCUGCUCCCAGCCGUGGACUGGACGGGCCUGGGUGCGUCCUCUUACCUGGGAGGCCAGGAGGCCUUCAUCUACGCUCUCCUCACUGGGCUCUUCCUCAUAUGCCUGAUGACCACAGCCUUGAUCUCGGAGGAGCAGACGGCCGGAGUGGUGACUGAAUCAUCCAGGAGAUCUCCGAGCUCGUACGGUGUGUGCUGCUGGCCGUUCUGGUUGUUCUCCAGGGCGCAGAUGCUGAAGCAUGCCGUGGUUAGCCUGUUCGCAGUCAUGCCCAGACUCUGGUCAGUGUGCAGCCACAUUCCCAGGGUGAUUGCUAGGCUGUUUGUGGCCGAGCUGUGCAGCUGGAUGGCUCUGAUGACGUUUGUGCUGUUUUAUACCGACUUUGUGGGGGAGGGACUGUAUGACGGCGUGCCCAGCGCUAAACCAGGCUCUCCAGAGAGACUUCGCUACGAGGAAGGUGUGCGCGUGGCCAGUCUCGGCCUGUUCCUGCAGUGUGUGACCUCGGUGACCUUCUCUAUACUGAUGGAGCGGAUGGUGGCGUGUGUUGGUGCACGUGUACUCUAUCUGAGUAGCUUGGCACUGCUGGCGUUGAGCACAGCUGUAAUGACCGUCUCUAAGAACAUCAUCCUGGUGACUGUGAUGGCGGCAUUGACGGGUUACACCUUCUGUACUCUGCAGAUCCUGCCGUACACACUCACCUGUCUUUACCACUCAGACAAGCAGGUGUUCUUUUCCAGGAGUAGACCCAAACGCCGAUCCAUCAGGGGUGACCUGGCUGAAUCAGCUCAUAAGCAGAUUUCUGCCAUGUACCGAAACACAAACGGGUGUUUGAAUGGCCAUGCCGGAGUAUCCUCCACGACCAAAUCGCCUGUUUCCUCGACACUUAAUUCCCAUGUUUCCCUGGACAUGGACACAUCGCCCAGCUCCUACCAGCCUCAGAGAGGAAUGUGUCUGGACAUCGCCAUCCUGGACAGUGCAUACCUCCUGUCGCAGGUCGUACCUUCGCUCUUCAUGGGCUCCAUCGUGCAUCUUUUCAGCAGCGUCACAGCCUACAUGGUGUGUGCUUCGGUCCUCAGCCUGCUCGCUGUCAUCUUUUCCAGCAGGAUCGUCUUCACCAGGCAAGAAAUGGAAAUGCUAAAGUGACUCAUCUGUAGACUGAUAGUAUCUAUAGCAUUAAAUUCUUAAAUAAAUAUCAUAUCAAGUGCAUUCUGACUAGGGAUCAGCAGAGCAUUGUCAUGUGUACAAGUGCCUUAAACGUGCUUGAGAUCCAAAUGAACACAGGUGCCACGACCUUAGAGGUGUGCAUGUGGUAUACUAAUCCCACUCCCAAAGGAAUUCUCACCGAUCUCACCCACUCCCAAAGGAAUUCUCACAGAUGUCGCCCACUCCCAAAGGAAUUCUGACCAAUCUUGCCCACUCCCAAAGGAAUUCUGACCAAUCUUGCCCACUCCCAAAGGAAUUCUCACCGAUCUCACCCACUCCCAAAGGAAUUCUCACCGAUCUCACCCACUCCCAAAGGAAUUCUCACAGACGUCACCCACUCCCAAAGGAAUUCUCACAGAUGUCGCCCACUCCCAAAGAAAUUCUCACUGAUCUCUCCCAUUCCCGAAGGAAUUCUGACCAAUCCCACCCACUCCCAAAGGAAUUCUCACCAAUCUUGCCCACUCCCAAAGGAAUUCUCACUGAUCUCUCCCAUUCCCGAAGGAAUUCUGACUAAUCUCACCCACUCCCAAAGGAAUUCUGACCAAUCUCGCCUACUCCCAAAGGAAUUCUCACCAAUCUCGUCUACUCCCAAAGGAAUUUUGACCAAUCUUGCCCACUCCCUACAGAAGUCUGACCAAUCCUACCUGCUCCUGAAAGAAUUCUUUCCAAUUCCACUCACUCCUGAGUGCCAGUGAAUUUGAAUGUUAUCUAUCCAAUCAUGGAUGAACUAAGUCAGACCAAACCAGCUGAUAAACGAGCAGGAAAAAAAUUUCAAAACACUGUUUUUAUACCGAAGUAAAAGUAGUGAAGUGAAAUGUGACCUUUUGCCAUUUUUUUUUUGUUGUCUUUUCAUACAUGACCGUGUACUCUCCUGAUGCAUGAAGAAUUCAACAAUGACAGAAAAUGUAAUGCUUUUGUGUGGAAACCAAAUAUUAUCACACAUUGUAUAAAUAUUGCUCACAUGAAUAUGAGCAUGAACGUGAGACUGAAGGUUUCAGACUUCUCUUUCAAAAUCUCUCAAUUUUGGUUUUCACACUUCAUAUCCACUCAUUCACCAAAUGCAUAAUGUGUAAAAUAUGUAAAAAAAAAAAAAAAUAGUAUAAAUUCAAGCUU